GGAGCUGCAGCAGGGCUUUCCCACGCUGAGGAGGAAGAGGAGGAGGAGGAGGAGGGCAGUGGGGUGCAUCCGUGCCCACUGCCUUCUGCACCCUCAGCACCGAGCCAAGCUUUCACGCUGCCCAAGGGCCCCGGCGUGUCCCCCCCGUCGGAGCACCGUCUCGCCCUGCGUCCCCGGCCCGAGCAGGCAGUGGCGAGCAGCGGUGAGCAGCAGCGCCCGCCUCCGCGGCCAGCCCCGGCUCCGGCACGGGCGUGGGAUGGGGAGCCUGGCCGGGCUGGGCAUCGCCAGCCUGCUUCUGGCGGCAGCUUGGGCAGCCCCAGGCGAGGAGGAGAUGAGGGAGGUGGAGAAGCCCAAAGGUGAUCUUGCCGUCUAUGAAAACCUGGACCUGGACAACUACGACCUCACGCUGGACAGCUACGGCGAGAUCGUCGACUUGAGCAACUAUGAGGAGCUUUACGACUACGGAGACCUUGCUCCGAAGAUCGAGGUUGGGACUCUGGCUCCCCCCACCAAGGCCCAGGAAGGUCUCCCAAACCUGGGCACCACGGCCGAAACGCCCAAGCUGCAGCCUCCGUCCACCGCCGCCGCCACCGCUGCCGGGUCCGGCCACUCGGACCUGCUGGAGCCCAUCACGGCGGGGGGGCUGCCGAGCUGCCUGCGCUGCCUCUGCCUCGGCACCUCCGUGUACUGCGACGACGCCGGCCUGGAGCGCGUCCCGCCCCUGCCGCCGCACACCGCCUACCUCUACGCCCGCUUCAACCGCAUCGGCCACGUCCGAGCCGGCGACUUCGCGGGGCUGAAGGAGCUGAAGCGCAUAGACCUGACGAGCAACGACAUCUCUCAAGCAGACGCGGACGCUUUCCGUCUGCUCCCGAGCCUGCAGGAGCUCAUCCUGCCCGGGAACAGGCUGACGGCGCUGCCCGAGCUGCCCCGCAGCAUCGUCAGGCUGGACGCCCGCCUCAACAGGAUCCCCAGCGCCGGCAUCAGACCCGAAGCCUUCCAGGACCUCACGCAGCUGCAGUUCCUCCAUCUGUCCGACAACGAGCUGGACCAUAUCCCGGCGCCCCUGCCCCAGAGCCUGCGCUCCCUGCACCUCCAGAACAACAACAUCCAGACCAUGCAGGAGGACACGUUCUGCGACAGCCGAGACCACAGCCACAUCCGCCGGGCCCUGGAGGACAUCCGCCUGGAUGGCAACCCCAUCAACCUCAGCCUCUUCCCCGAUGCCUACUUCUGCCUGCCGCGCCUGCCCACGGGCCGCUUCCACUGAGGGCUCCCGCGCCUCCAUUCCCGGCUCCUCCGGCCCUGCCGAUCCCACUGAGGAUGCGGGGUUGAGCCCGCUGCCUUCACCCGGCGCAGGCGGGCGUGGGGAGCUGAGCCUCAGUGUGUGGGGCACCACCGUGCUGGGGCAAACGGAGCCAGGAUGAGGAAUUCACAGGGUGAGGGCAACUCUAAUAAACCCAAGAAUUUAAAAAUUCAUGCAGCCUCCUGGUCUAAACAGCAAGAGCCGCAGAAAGCCCUCAUCCAGCCCCAGCAGCUGCUCUGUAACGGCCCUGGGUUAGCAAGGACAGGGACCUCCCCAUAUCCCUGCUUGUUCCAGGCCUCGGUCCCCCCGGGAGCCUUGGUAAGACCCGUCCGUGCCUGCGUUUGGGCUUUCCUGGACCAGGACCUGGAGCUGCAUUGCUCCAGCGAGGUGAUGCUUUGGCCACAUGAGGUUCGAUCUGCAUGAGCGGGCUGUGCCCUCUGCCGUCCCCAGCCACAUUAGCGGGGUUUCUGUUGCUCCAGAAGAGUGCUUGACAUCCAGAUGUGAGCUGCAGCCACAGCUGGGACAUCUGCACGUACUGCCACAGUCCUCAAAA